AUGCCUGUGGCAAGGUCAAUUCUCGGCACCUGGCAAGGAGAAAAAGGAGAGCAAUGGUCAUCUGCCCAGGGCUUAGAGUCCGUUUUGCUGUCGAUUCAGAGCCUGAUGUCCAAUAACCCUUACGAGAAUGAACCUGGAUACGACCAGAGAAAGACGAAAGAAGACGAGUCUAAUAUGAAAUCCUAUGCUGCAAAGGUAGUUCAACUAUCCAACUGUUUUGCACUGGACGGACUAACGGGACUCUAUGUCAUCAAGAUUCGCCAUGAAUGUCUCCGACUUGCAGUCAUCGAGCCCCUAGAGUCAGCACUGGGUAUCCGAACAGGCGCGAAGACAUGUUCAUCUAAUGCAGUUGACAAUGAAGAGCUUAAUCUGGGCGAUGACACUUCGACUAAAUUUUGCGAUCUCCGUAAACGACGGUUUCUAUGGUACUUUGAGUCUUACAUACGCACCAUUAAUGCAGCCGAAAAGGAAACAUCGGGUAAACGCGCAUUCGAGACGAUGCCAUUCGAAGGCCUUGGUAAUGAGAUGGCGGGCCAUUUUAACUAUCCAGACCUAAGACAACGGUUGGUUCAGGUCAGAGACAAGAUCAUCGACGAGACGCACAGUUGGCUGGCGGAAGGACUAUACUCCAAAAAGCAGGAAUUGGGAAUCGCAGCCAGCCUGCAGCGGCAAUACGAACAAUGUGCCGAGGAUUUCAGGCGCCAGAAAAACUUCACGAUCAGUUUGAGCCUUGUGGGUGGGAAUCCCUUCUUAUGGGAGUUCACUUAUUUUGGUCGCCCUAUGACAUAUUUGGACGGUGGGAUCUUCAAGUUCAAAAUCUAUCUAAGCUCACGAUUCCCAGACGAGGAACCUCGUGUUUUCAUAGAAUCGCCACUCUUUCAUAUCCGUGUGUCUCCAUUGGGUGUUCUUUGCUAUAUUCCUCAACGGGCUGAUGAGAUGCGCUUCCACAUUGAAGCGAUCGUUGCGGCAAUGGAAGAAGAAUCUCCACCCUAUGACCCCCGGACUACAGUGAACCCUGAAGCCACCCAGUUGUUUUGGGGAAGUCCAGAAAAUCGAAAGCAGUAUCACCGAGCCCUACGACGGUCAGUUGAGAAGAGCAUUGAGUAA